AUUCUUCAUAUACUUUGGCUACGGAAGUGAAACAUUUUAGCACCCAUGCUGAGCAAUUUUGACUUUGAAUUAGCCAUUUUAGUGACAGCGUUGUAUUUGUUGUUGGAUUAUACAUGUUUGAAUCAGUGUAACCUGCAAAUAUUUUGCUAAAACUUGAUGAACAGCGGCAGUCCCGUCGCUUCAGCCAAUUUAUGUGACUGUUUCUUUACCCACGUGAAAUGCCUCGUUACGAAAACUGAGCCCAAUAACAGAUAGUUACAGCAGAGGAGAUACAGGGAAUCUGUGAGAGCUGCUUCUUCACAACAUUCAAACAGAGAUGAAGUCCCCUGAACCUGAGUCAGAUGUCCCUAAAGGAGAACCUUACAUCUAGCACCUUCAGAGUGAAUAUUGCUGGGUGUGAAAUCAGUAGGCUGAAUCUGCUUGUUAGGUUGACAUUGAGGAAGAUAAAGGACACUGUGUUGGUGCAAUGAAAGCCACAGUUCAUAUAUCAUCUUAGUCCAGGUCUGUGAUUAUGUUUCGGCUCCGGAGUGUGAAUUCUUGCCUUCGUAGGCUUCUUCAUGGUGGGACAGUGUGCAGAGAUCAGGUUCUGGAGCAGCUACAGGUUUGCUCGGCUGAAGGCCAGUUGUUUGAUGUGGUGGGCAAGAAUAAGGCCAAGCUGACGGUGAAUCAUGUCAGCUGUGCUGUGGGGAUGCUGUGGCAGUUUCAGAGGGAGAAACCUCAGCUGCUCAGGACAGUGGAGCUCAUCAAGAGCCACCCUCAGUUCUUGACCCUGCGGGUUUUGGCUGAGAACAAAAUUGCUCUAAUGGAGGAUUUUAUGUUGGUGGACAUGUUGUACAUCUUCCUCAGAUUGUAUGUGGAUCCACAUGAUUCUCUCAUCCAACAGUUGGUUUCAGAAGCAUGGCUAAGAAUAGACAGAUUUCCAAUGACGUCCCUUUCCAAGUUCGCAAUUUGUCUCACUGAUCAGCAACUUCAACACAGCCCCCUCAUGGGCCACAUCACCAACAUUGUGGAUAAGAAGCUGUCGUCCAUUGAUGAUGCCAGGAUCUUAACUACAUUCAUGAUAAGUACAUCGUCCCUGGCGUCUUCCCGGCUCCGAGAUGCCUUUAUUAGAAGAGCCGACAAUCUUCUGGACACCAUGGAUCACUUAAGUUACAACAACCCUCGAAGAGUGGUGCAGUUCAUGCGCAACAUCAAGUAUGUUCACAGGCCUCUGCUGGAGAAGUGCAACCAGAUCCUCCUAUGCAAUGUUCCCAGGAUGGAUGCAGAGAAUAUUGGCAUCAUCUUGGGGCUGUAUCAGUCCUUGCAGUUCAACAACUGUGACUUCAGGCUGGCUGCAAAGCAGAGAUUGAUUGAACUCAUUGAUUCAACCACAGAUGCACUCUCCUUCCCUAAACUGUUUGUUGCGUUGGCUCCCAUGGCCAGUCCAGAUAUGAGAGAGGGGUUGGAGAACACGGCCUUCUUGUUGGCAGAUGAGCUGAGUGCACAGCAGGCCGUUGCUGUAGCAGAAGCAUUAGAAGAGAUUCAGAGCAGGAACUUGAGCUUACUGAACAAAAUUGCCUCAGUAAUUCAGAGGAACCUUCAUAUCUAUAAACCAAUGGAAGUGGCCAGAAUCACACGAACCCUUUACCUGCUGCAGUACCAGAACCCUGAACUCUUCACUAAACUUAAAGACAUGUUGGUCAAACUUUUGCAGCGCAGUGUCUUUCCCUCUGAGGUGACCAUGCUGAUCCGCGUUCUGUCCACGCUGCCCUGCCCACAACUCGACGAGGGAGUGAAGUCCCGCGUGGAGGCAGUGGUGACACAGUGCAAUCUGAAUGAACUCAACACCAUUUCCUUUGCUGUUGCCAAGUGGAUACGGAACGAUCCCUCUUACAGUCACAACACUCCCAGCAGGUAUGUGCGUCUGCUGCAGACUCUCAACCAAUGUGGCCACAAGAGGCUACAAACAGCUGACCGGAUAGACUUGGUGCUCGAGGAGCUCAGGUAUGUCACAGGGGAGUGGUUUGAAGAAAUGCUGCUCCAAGAGACAAUGGUCACACUGCAGAGAAUGAUGGAUCAAAUUAACGGGACCAAUGUGCUGGAGGUGGCUCUCUUUUUAACCAGGAUGAAUCACCUCUGCCCUCCUCUCAUGGACAGAAUUGCCAGUGUGGCCAUUAAAGACAUUGACAAGAUUCACUAUUCAGCAAUAUACACCAUCCUGCUUCCAUUUACUGUCCUGAAUUAUGAUCCUGCAAUAUCGGAUGAGUUCUAUGAAGUGUGUAUUCAGCACUUCACUGCCCAUAUCAAAUCCUUUGACCCACACAUGCUGGUUCUGCUGGCAUACACUUUGGCUGUAGCUGACUAUUUUCCUGAAGAACUGGUCAGAGAAAUCUUCAGCAUAGACUUUCUGAGAAAGUUGGACUCACAGUUAGAAACUUUACCCGACUCCCUCAACAUGCGGACUCGACUGCGCCUCAUGGAGCUCAAUCGUGCCGUGUGCCUGGGGUGUCCCGAGUUCCAAGUGCCUUGGUUUCAUGACCUCUACUGCCAGCAGAUACAAAAGAAUGGCAAUGUCACUGUUAGUCCUGUGCAGCAGCAGAUCCACAAAAUGCUGGCUGAAGUUCUCGGUGGCAUCAACUGUGUUCGAGUUGCAGUUGUCACUCCGUACUUUUACACAGUGGACUUCGAAUGCAUACUGGACAAACACCUGCGGCCACUGCCUUACAGUAAUCUGAGCACACUGCAGAUAUCAGAACAAGGGAAAGUUCAAUGGGAGACGAGCUCACUGGAAAACGUCACACAUGAGCUUCCAGCGGGAGCUCAACGAGUUGUUGUGGACUUUCUCGAUUCAAAGUGCUUCUGUAAAAACUCUCAUCAUAUGAAAGGUGCCACCCUGAUGAGGAAAAGACACCUUGAAAUUCUGGGAUAUCGUGUUGUUCAGAUCCCUCACUUUGAAUGGAACUCCAUGGAGCUUUCAACACAGGAUGCAUGGAAGAAUUAUCUACAGAAGAAAAUAUUUACAUAGCUUUCUUAUUGAAGGCAUUAUUUAUUGAACAACGAAAGAAAUGUUACAUUCAAAAGUGAGCUUUCAGCCUGGUUUAAAAAACAAACAAACAAACCCACAAAUCUUGUCAGGGUGGCUGAACUGAGAUCAGUGUGUCAGUAUAAUACAAUUGGCUAAUAUUCAAGUGCUCCUUUUUUGUCACAGAGGCUAAAAUUGACAUGAAUCUACCUCAUUCAUGUGAACUAUCAUGGUGUACAAUGUCCUUUUGUAUUAAAUUACUUUUUAAAAAAUAAAAUGUUAUACAUUA